GCCGAACCGAUUCAGUCAUCAUGUUGCUCUCUGUGCUGCUGCUGUUGAUGAUAAUCAGCCAGACAGAAUCUGGUUAUUAUGGUGCUGUGCUUUCAUACACCACUAAAGACGUACAAGGAGACAGAUUUACAGUUGUGGAACGUUUUAAGUUGAGCUUCAGCUCAUGUGAGGAGACUGAUUCAUGGUCUUGUUCUGGCUGUACGAAUGAGAUCGAUGAAAUCAGAGUUGAAUGGUGUCUGGGAGAGUUUACCGAUACCAAGAAGUUGACAAGUGCGGAUUUUGCCUCAUACUGGACUGGGUGGGUUGUGGGAACCUGGAUAGACAACAGAAACGACGCUUCAAAUGUACAAGCUAUGAUGCUUCGUGAGCUGAGAAAACGAUCCGACAUCAACAGAACAAACUCAUCACCUCAGACCAGCAUCAUCCCUGUUCUGAGAGUCCCCUCAAACUGUCAGAGGAAAAUUGACCUGUUGACCUUUGACCCUAAUGGAGAUCAUGUUGGAUGCAGAUAUGCAGUUGACAUCCAGGAGUGCCACACCUGCACACCUCCACCUGUCCUCAGUCUCUCAUCAUCUUGUUCUCUUUCAUUCAGUCCAACCAGCAGCAGUGAUGAAGGUUCAUAUGCAGUUCAGCUGGUGAUGGAGGAUUUUCCCAGUCAGACCAUCAUUAUGACUUAUUACGAUGGUUCAACAUGGUCGAUAAGCCCCAGCAGUUCUAUGAGCAGAAUCCCUGUCCAGUUUGUUUUCAAAGUGGAUCCUGCAGCUCCGUCCUGCACAGCAGGUGAAUAUCUGCCCAGGUUUCUGCCUCCAACUCCUGAACAUGGAGCUCAGUUCUUCAUAAACGUUAAUGAGACGAUAGAAAUCAACAUCAGAGCAGAGGCGACUCAGUCUGUGAUCACUGAGCUCCUGUUCAGCGGACCGAUCAAGAUGAUCAAAAGUUCAUCUGGUUCAGGAUAUUUCACCCUGAGAUGGAGGCCGUCUGCCAUUGAUGAUGAAGAAAGCCAUCCCAUCUGUUUUGUUGUCCAGGCAAAUGCCUCCAGUUCUAUCUACCAGUCUGAGUUUCGAUGUGUUAUUGUGACGGUUGGAAACGUACCCUCCAUGGAACCUACAAGUCCUCCUCCUAAAACAUCUCGUCUUACGGUUCUGAAGCUGAAGAUCUCGACUACGCUGUCACUGAAAGACAACAAGGAUGAAAUCGAGAAAGCGAUUAAAGAUGAACUGAUCAGACGAGGGCUGCCUCCAGACAUAAAGGUCCGCCUGCUGAGCCACGGUUCAGUGAAGGUUAAUAACUAACCGCCCCCUAGUGGCUAACAAUGAGAAUGAAUCUGAUCCAUUCUGUACAAUAUUACUGAUUUGAUGUGUUUUAAAUCUAGAGGCCUAUGGUGGGAAAGUGGGACUAAUUAGUUAUUGCAAUAAGCAGAAAUAGUAGAGUGAAUUUUUAUUUCUGUGUGAAAAUCUUUAUAAAAUGCAGAUAAUUUCUAGACUUGUUUAUUAGUUAUUAAUAAUAAGAUAAUGAACAGAAGAAAAAGUGAAUAAAAUCAAUAUUAAUGUCACCUGAAGUAUUUAUUAAGGCAGAUAUUUACUGAGGGUUUGGUUUUUCUUUAUUACCGUCUUCCAUGUGUAACAUUUAUGGCUGUGGGGAUUUUAUUGACCUUAAUAUCAUAUAAU